UGUGUGAGAGAGGGAGAGAAGGAGGAGUGUCUCUGUAAGUGUGUUUGUGUGUGUAUGUGUGUGUAUGGAGAGGCGUGAUGGCUCCUUUCCCCGACGAGGUGGACGUGUUCACCGGGCCGCACUGGCGCAUGAAGCAGCUGGUCGGUCUCUACUGCGAGAAGCUAUCGAAGACGAACUUCUCGAACAACAAUGACUUCCGGGCGUUCCUCCAGACGCUCUGCGCCACCUUCAAGGAGUUCAAGAUCCACGAGCAGAUCGAGAAUGAGUACAUCAUCGAUCAGCUGCAGCAGCGCAGCCGCACCACGUACAACGUGCACUCGGACAACAAGCUCUCGGAGAUGCUGUCGCUGUUCGAGAAAGGCCUCAGGAAUGUCAAGAGCGAGUGUGAACAGCUGAACUAUGCGCGGCAGCUGAAGGAGCGUCUCGAGGCUUUCACCCAAGACUUCCUUCCUCACAUGAAGGAGGAAGAGGAGGUGUUCCAGCCCAUGCUGAUGGAGUACUUCACCUACGAGGAGCUGAAGGUCAUAAAGAGGGAGGUGAUCGCGCAGCACAGCAGCCAGCAGCGGUGGGACACAGCCGCCGAGGUCCUGAAGGGGUUAAACCUGUGGAGUCACGCCGAGGAGCUGCACAAGGUCUUCAAAUACUCCGACCACGAGAAGACCGAGCACGAACGCGACACCCGGACGAGCACUCACAUCUGGGCGCUGCCUCAGGAGGUCCUGGUGCGGCUCUUUCGGUACCUGGGCCCGGAGGACCUGUGCCGCUGCAGUCAGGUGUGCCGCGUCUGGGCGGAGGUGGUUAAGACGGGCUCGUUGUGGAGACAUCUGUACCCGGUCCGUUGGGCCAGAGGCGAUUAUUACCGCGGCUCGCCCGAAGAACCGGACCAGGAUCCCGAUGAAGACUGGGUGAGGAACCUGCAGGAGGAAGGACGAGCUUAUCAGGAGUGGGACGAGGACGCAGAUGUUGACGAAUCCGAGGACGCAUGUGAAGAAUCGCUGGCCAUCAGUGCUGUGCGGAAAGAAAAGAAGUUGCUGAACGGAAUGAUCCAGAACCUUCUCCCAGUCGUGGGGGAGUCGGUGCGCACCCUCAGUCUGGCUUACAGUGCGGCCGUCUCCAGCAAAAUGGUGCGUCAGAUGCUUAAUCUCUGCCCGAAUCUCGUCCACCUGGAUCUCACCCAGACCGAUGUCACCGAUUCUGCUUUUGAAAGUUGGGCGGAGUUGGGGGCGUGUCGCACCCUCGAGCACUUGGACCUGUCGGGUUGCGAGAAGAUCAGCGACUACACGCUGAAGAAUCUGUCCGUGGGUUUGGGCGACCUCACCGCGCCGAAGUUUUCCAAAAUCAGCCCCGAUUGCAAGAACAAGCUUCUGAAGAGGUCGCUCUCCGAAAUAAGACUCCUGGACAAGCACUCGGGAUAUCCUCUGGGACGCACGCGCACCGCCCUCGUCUUUAAGUGGCGACCCGGCGGGCGGAGCAUGAGCUGCAACCCCGUCUGGGUCCUGGAUCCGGCCGAGCCCUCGGACAUUGAGGACGCGGCCGACUGGACUAGAAGGGAAGGACCCGACGAGGGGGGGCGUGGCGGGAUUUUGGAGGUGCAGGCAGGAGGCAGGUCGUGCUGCUGUCGGAGGAGCAUGAGGCGGAGCUUUAGGACUGACAUUAGCUCCGCCUACUGGCAGCAGCUGUACGGCACUCUGGGGGAGAAGCAGUGCGGUCACUCGGCGUGCUGCGGCUCAGACUCUGCUUUAAGGACAGUGAAAGGAGCUCAGUGUGGGCCUCAGGCCACAGGGGGCAGCACUGAGCUUUGGACUAAAUGCCCUUCUGAGGGCGAGUCAAGGACUGAUCGGUCAGGAGCCUGCAGAGCCCUGAGGUUCCUCAGCCUGUCAGGAUGCUAUCAGAUCACAGACCUCGGCCUCAGGUGUCUUUCUCAGGGAGGAGGGCUCCCUCUGCUGGAGCAUCUGAACCUCUCUGGGUGUCUGUUCAUCACCGAAGUGGGACUGGAUGAGCUGGUGUCCGUGUGUCCCUCGCUCAAGGACGAGCACUUCUACUACUGCGAUAACAUUAACGGCCCUCAUGCUGACCGAGCGAGCGGAUGUCAGAACCUGCAAUGCGGCUUCAGGGUGUGCUGUCGCUCCGGAGAGUGAUGGACCCCCGAACAACUGUUCUUUGUUUUUUUAUGUUAUGUUUUUUUUUUUUUAAACCCUCCUUUCUUCUUUUUCUCUCUGUAUGUUUUCCAGUCUUUCCUCACUCCUAAGGUGUGUCCCUUCUGCCCUGGUUGCACCUCCUGCGUUUGCACUUUUAAAUAUCAAGAGGUGUACGGGCUGUAACGUCAGUGUCGACUCGUUUAACUCAAACACUUAAAUGAGGAUAAAAAAAAAAACUUUACCUUCCUGAAGCCUUUGCUGAGCAAUUGGUCAGUGGUGUACAUUUUGUAGAUGAAUGUGAUUUAUUGAAGUUAUUUAGUUUCUCUGAGUCCUUUCUCAUUUCUAAAGGUAGGGCUGCCACUGUUAACUAACUGAUUUAGCUUUAAGGAAACGUUAGCUUUAAGCACGGAAUAAUCGUGAGGGUUUUCUUUUGUUGUUGCUUUGUUUUUGUUUUGUAGUAAUUCUAUCUCUUCAGGUGUAGGAUUUGACCUGCAUUUCUCCUCCUUCUUUUGGGAAUAUGCAGAAACCCUUAACCUAUGAUUACUGUACAGUUCUGUUCUGUAAAUACGUGCUUUGCUUCUUUCCUCGCGUGUUAAUUCAGACCCGGUGCAAGGAAACGUUUUAAUUCUUAUACACAGGCUAAUGAAAGAGUUGAAGAAAAACACAAUGUGCUCCCUCCAAAUGCAGAUGUUAAGCCAUUUAAGCAUUGAAAUGUAGUUAUAAGAUUCAUGCUGCAAAAGUAACCCUGUUCACACUCGGAGGUUAUAAAUUAUAGCAGAUUAAGGCUGUAGGAGAAAAUAAAAAUCUAAAAACAAGUUUAGGAAGUUUAAAAUCCAAAAGUCUGUCUCCAAAACAAGACCACUGCACUUCGGACAAUCUCGGACCAGAUGUUUCGAUCCUCUCCAGAACGUGAAGAGUAACACUACCGAGCUUCCGAUUGAACCAUCUAAACACUACUGCACCCAAAGACGACCUAAACGCCAUCACUGUGGCUCCUGGGGUGUAGCUCCUGAUACCUUGGAUGAUCAGCCUGAGAUAAAUUGUUUGCAUUCCUCUGUUUUUUGUUGAACGUUUUCUUCUUAGCUCAACUUAGUGUUAAACUGCAUUGCUUGUUGAAAUUAAACAUCUCUAUAUAAAUAUAUAAAUAUAUUUAAAAUCAAAAA